AAGGCACUCAGAGGGAAUAACCUCUUAGUGAGCUCUCUUACUCUAGCCCUCUCCACCUUCUCAUUCUUUCACCAGCAGCAAUGAGCGUCAGGCUUCAGAGCACCUCUUUCUCAUCCAAGGGAAGUGGUGGAGGUAGCUAUGGAGGUGGAGUUGUCAGGAAGAGCUUCUCCAGCCAGUCCUAUUCUGCACCCAGCAGCUCCAGGAUAAGCUAUGGCGGUAGCUUCCGCCGUGCCGGCUAUGGCAGUGGUGGUGGUGGUGGUGGCAUUGUAGCUAGCUCAGGCUACAGCCUGGGCAGCAGUGCAGGAGGCUAUGGAGGAGGCUUUGGAGGAGGCUAUGGUCUUGGUGGAGGUGCUGGGGGUGGCUUUGUUGCAGGUGGUGGCUUUGGUGCUGGUGGUAGCUAUGGUGCAGGUGGUGGCUAUGGUGCAGGUGCUGGUUUUGGUGGAGGAGGAGGAGGAGGAGGACUAGGCGCAGGAGCUGGUUUUGGCCUCGGUGGAGGAGGAUUUAUGCCACCCCCAAUCACUGCUGUCACAGUCAACCAAAGCCUCCUUACCCCCCUUAACUUGGAGAUUGACCCCAACAUCCAGAUCGUACGCACACAAGAGAAAGAGGAAAUCAAGACACUCAACAACCGCUUUGCCAGCUUUAUUGAUAAGGUCCGUUUCCUGGAGCAGCAGAACAAGAUGUUGGAGACCAAGUGGAAUCUCCUUCAAGACCAGACCACAUCACGUUCCAACAUUGAUGCCAUGUUCGAGGCCUACAUUUCCAACCUGCGCAGACAGCUGGACGGUCUUGGAAAUGAGAGGAUUAAGCUGGAGGGAGAGCUGAAGAACAUGCAGGGCCUGGUGGAGGACUUCAAAAACAAGUAUGAGGAUGAAAUCAACAAGCGUGCUGUUGCAGAGAAUGAAUUUGUUGUCCUAAAGAAGAGUGUCGAUGAAGCCUACAUGCAAAAGAUUGAGCUUGAAGCUAAAGUUGAUGCACUUCAGGAUGAGAUCAACUUUCUCAGAGCUGUGUAUGAGGCGGAGCUGCAAGAACUUCAGGGACAGAUCAAGGAUACGUCAGUUAUUGUUGAGAUGGACAACAGUCGCAACCUGGACAUGGAUGCCAUUGUGGGUGAGGUCCGUGCUCAGUAUGAGGACAUUGCCAAUCGCAGUCGUGCUGAAGCCGAGUCAUGGUACAAGCAGAAGUUUGAGGAAAUGCAGACAUCUGCCACCAGCUAUGGCGAUGACCUUCGCAACACCAAGGCUGAGCUUGCAGAGCUCAACCGCAUGAUAACACGAAUCCAGAAUGAAAUUGAGGGAGUCAAGGGACAGCGUGCCAACCUGGAGUCACAGAUUGCAGAGGCUGAGGAACGAGGUGAGCUGGCAGUGAACGAUGCCAAGCAACGUAUUAAGGAACUAGACGACGCCCUGCAGAGAGCUAAGCAAGACAUGGCCCGACAAGUGCGUGAAUAUCAGGAGCUCAUGAAUGUCAAACUGGCCCUGGACAUUGAGAUCGCCACCUACAGAAAACUCCUGGAAGGAGAGGAGACUAGGAUUGCCUCUGGUGGUGGAACUACAACAGUCCAUAUUCAGGAAAGUUCCAGUGGCGGUGGAUCUGGAUUCGGCGGUGGUUUUGGCGGUGGUUUCGGCAGUGGUUUUGGCAGUGGUUUCGGCUACGGUGGUGGUAGUGGCGGUGGCGGCGGCUUUGGGCUGGGUAGUGGCUUGUCCCUGGGUGGGGGCUUGUCCCUGGGUGGUGGUGGUGGUGGUGGUGGUUCUAGCAUUGGCUAUGGAGGUGGCUCUGGGAUCAGUUUGGGUGGAGGCGGUGGUGGAUUUUCCGCGUCUCGUUCCUCUGUGGUAUCUACCAGCCGCCAUUACUAAGCAUCCUUUGUCCACCCAGUCCAUACAUGACUACCUCCAGAUCCACCCUUUACUAAAUUGCCUAAAGUAAUAAAAAAAAGGGAAAAAAUCCCACUAAUUGCCCACAGCCAUAACACCACCAUCUGUCAUUCAGUACCCCUUUCCACACCAUAACCACCACACCCCCAUUUAUCAUGUCCAGCCCAUGCUAUUAGUAUUUAUAGAGCAUCUACUGACCUGUAUCAAAUAUGUUUACAUGUGUCUCACACAUAGCAUAUUAUCUCAAUGCAACAUAAGAACAGUGGAUGUUUUAUAUCUACAGAAUUGUAUGAUGAGGUCAAGUGUAUAAAGAAUAAAAGAAUUAAAGAGAAACGA